CAAUAGAAAAUGUCUCUCCACCAUUCAUCACAUAACCACCUCUCUUGAUUCUUUUUUAUAUAUAAACCCUACAAACCAUUUUCCCCAUUUUUGUGGGGAAGAAGAAGAAGAAGAAGAUUAAAGAAGAAUAAAUAAAAGAAUAAAAAAAAAAAUGGGUCUCAAGGGCUCUUCCUCCUCCUCUUCUUCUUUCCUAUUGCUCGCCAUCUUAAUCGUCUUCUCCUCCACCACCAUCUCAGCCGUUAACAUCACCAGAGUCCUUGAGAAAUACCCUAAUUUCAGCACCAUGAAUGACCUCUUCACCAGGACCGGUCUGAACGUGCCCAUCAACAAACGCCAGACGAUAACCAUUCUCGCGGUCGACAACGACGCCAUGGGCUCUAUCUCGGGUAGACCCGAGGAAGAGAUCAAGAACAUUCUCAUGAACCACGUGGUUCUUGACUACUAUGACGAGAUCAAGCUCAAGGGUCUCAAGGACAGGAGCACGUUGCUCACUACUCUGUAUCAGACCACUGGUUUGGGACAACAACAAAACGGUUUCCUCAACUGUACCAAGAUGAAUGGGAAGAUAUUCUUUGGAUCAGGAGUAAAGGGUUCACCUUUGAACGCUCAGUACGUUAAUCCCGUGUUCCAAAACCCUUUCAACUUGUCCGUGGUUCAGAUCAGCAUGCCCAUUGUGGCUCCUGGGCUCGGGUCUCCGAUUCAGGCUCCUCCCCCACCACCCUUCACUCCGCCACCGGCCCCGGCUCCCAAGAAGGGAGGAAAGGCUCCGGCUCCCGGGCCAAGUGAGGAAGAUGAUUACUCAGACUCUGCCCCGGAAACUGCACCUGCCCAAGCACCUUCGGAAGAUGAUUCUCCAGCUCCCGCACCAAGCAAUGAAGGUAAGAAGAAGAUGCCAGCGGCUGAUGAGAGCGAACCACCCGCAUCUGCUGCUUCCAGUGCUGGUUUGAGCUUUGGUGUUGCGCUCCUGCUCGGGUUGGUGGCUAGCUUUGCUGGGUUCUGAAGAUGAAAAAGGCGGCACGGGUAAAGGAAAAUAAAGAUGAAACACACCUCAGGGUUUUCUGUAGUUGAAACAUGGAGAGAUAUGAUCAUAGGAAGUGGGUGAAAACACAUGGAAUUUCCUACUCACAUUAACCACACACCAUAUGUCCCAUUAUCUGCUCGAGAAUGAGAAUGUGAUGUUUGUCCCGUGGAGUUUAUAAUGCAAAACUGUAACUAUAUGUUCGUAGCUA